AUGUUUGCUUUCACUAAGGCCAUUUGUAAGAUGCCAUGGACCUCUAAUGCCAGCCACAAAGGGUGCAAAAUUGCAGCUCAGUUCAUGGCAAUGGUCCCUGUGUACAUCAUGGCUGUCUUCAAUUGCAGCAGUCCUCUCCAUGAUCAUUUCAAAGUAGCCAAGACCUUCCCUAGUACAUGGACCAAGAAGCACAGCAAUAAAGGCAUAUGUCCUCUCCUUCUCGUCUGCUUGGGAUUGGCCAGCACUUGGUCUGGAUGCAUCUGGAAAGGGGGAACCCUCAACAUUGAUUGGAACAUCCUAACAUGCAAUGAGGUGGGGAAACUUCAUCAGAAGAUCAUCAAAAUGCUCUGUGGUCAACAGUUUGGUCCCUAUCAAGCUCAGAUUCUUGGGAUAACAACUCAUACCUACACUGUGAAUCCAGGCAUCACCUCCACAUCAUUGGGAAAGUGGGCAGCAUCAUCAAGCAUAGCAAUAGAUGAAGCAGAUGACAAGAUUGAGAUACAUGAGAUAGCAGCUCCAGCUGCAAGGAUAACAUCCCAGCUCAUUAGUCAGCUCCAGAUGUAUCACAUCAGAUCAUAG